GAACUGUUUCUGAUACUAUGACAAUAGUUUUCGAUUGUCAUCAACCGUCAAAUUGGUAACCUCACUUUUCGUAACAUUAAUAUUCCAAAUUUCCGUAUUUUAAACAAAUAAAUUGAAAAAAAAAAUGUCCUAUACAAAAAGCAGCACAAAAAUACAAGAUGAUGGCAUCUCAAUGGCAGCCAAAAGUACAGAUAUGGAUUUAGAAAGAGCAUCAAAAGUGAUGUCACAUGGCUUCAAUUUAAAUCAAGUUGCUGGUUCAAAUGAUCAAAAUAAGUGCAUAGAAUCAUGCCUCGUGUUCCUAUCUUUGCUUCUAGUUAUAAUAACGUUUCCAUUUUCUUUGUUUACCAUUUAUGUGGUAGUUAGACAGUUCGAACGAGCAAUCAUUUUGCGUAAUGGAAAAUUACGAAAGAACAAAGCGUAUGGACCUGGUCUCGUCUACGUGCUACCAUGUGUCGAUACCGUCAAGUAUACCGACCUCCGAAUCAUUAGUUAUGCCGUCCCGCCACAAGAGGCUUUGACGAAAGAUGCUCUAACUAUUGCUGUGGAUGCAGUUGUCUUCUACAAAAUAAACGAUCCGGUUUGGGCUGUUGUUAACGUUGCUGAUUAUAAGAUAGCUACUCAAUUUUUAGCAGCAACUACACUCCGCAAUGCUCUCGGGACUCGAAAACUAGCUGAAAUCCUCGUCGACCGUCCCGCAGUGAGCUAUCAGGUGUUCGAAAAUAUGAAGACGCUCACCCUUAACUGGGGGGUUGAGAUCGUGAGAUUUGAAUUAAAGGACAUAAGUCUGCCUCUGCAGCUGCAAAAAGCAAUGGCUACAGAAGCCGAGUCAUCAAGGUUGGCGAACGCUAAAAUUAUCGUAGCCAACGCUGAAAUAGAAUCUACCAAGAACCUUCAAAAGGCUACUAAAUUGCUCAUGGAUAAUCCUUAUUGCAUGCAGCUAAGAUAUUUGCAAGCACUUCAAAUGAUUGCCGGAGAUAAAACCCAUACCGUAGUGCUACCGUUCUCGAAAGACACGAUCAAAUCAUUAUUGAGAUGAACUAUGGAACAAGUUAAAAGUGUAAAAUUGUGUUUGGAUUUGUAAAUUAAAUGACGAGUGAUUGUA